AACAAGAGAGCACCUAUCACAUACGAACACAGGGAGUGGAAAAUAGGGCUUCCCGUCCGCUCAGCCGUACUCAAGCCACUCACCGGCCUGUUAGUAGUUGGGUGGGUGACCACCAGCGAAUCCGGGCUUUCGUAUGUUUUUUGUGCUUUUUUCUCAUUCGUCUUUUUGGUGCUUAAAAAUUGAUCUCUCCCAACUCUGUAGUUGUCUUGUCGAUCUUUGGAAGCUUUGAAGAGAAAAAUUUCAAUCACCAUCUCCAAAGAGUCAUAAUUCGCAACUGAUUAUAUUCCCCUCGUUUCGGAACCCCCACCAAGGAAUUUUUUGUUGACGGGGAAUUGGCCCUGAGACAGGUAUUCUGCCACAACCAUGGCUUCCGACCUCACUGCGCAAAUAUUAGAUCUCCUCUCCUCCACUGACGAUCCGAUUCUCUCUUCCGAUGCCUUCCCCGCCGCCCCCAGCAUUGCUCUAAAGAGCGCCCUGGACCGCCUUAGGUCCAGAGAUAUGAUUAUAUAUGAAACCAUUGAACAAGAGCAAGCCGUAUUACUUCCAGAAGCCGAGGGAAUAGUAGCCAAUGGCAGUCAUGAGGCCAAGGUGUUCGAAGCCGUGAGGGCGGCACUGGACGGGCUGAAAAUAAAGGAUCUGCCAGAUAUAGUUGGCAAGGAGGCUGCAAAAGUUGGAGCUGGAAAUGCAUUCAAAAAGGGGUGGAUUAAAAAAGAUAAGGAUGUUUUGAGAUCAGCCACAGAUUCAAUCGAAGACACCACCCGAGAGCAGCUUUUGACCAUACAGAAAACUAAAACAUACUCCGACCCUAAGGUCUUAGCGGACUUGCGCAAGCGGAAGCUUCUCACGAUGCAGAAAGUUUUAAGUUUCACAAUAUCGAAGGGUCCCAAAUAUGCGAGAGAGCUUGUCAAAGAGGAAACCGAUCUUACAGCUGACAUGCUCGCGAACGGGUCAUGGAAAACAGCCAAAUUUAAGCCCUACAAUUUCAAUGCCAAGGGGGCAAUAACACCAAGCGGCGCCCUGCAUCCUCUGAACAAAGUGCGUCAGGAAUUUAGACAGAUUUUCUUCGAGAUGGGUUUCGAGGAGAUGCCCACGAAUCGCUUUGUAGAGACUGGAUUCUGGAACUUCGACGCUCUCUUUGUCCCACAACAACACCCUGCUCGUGAUCUUCAAGAUACCUUUUAUAUUUCCGACCCCGUCUGCGCAGAUAAGCCGCGAGAAGACGACCCAUCUGACGUUCAUGUCGCAAACGCUGGAAAAACGACGGGUAGAUCUUCGGACGCUGAUAACAGCAAGGCUCUCGAUUACGAACAAUACUGGAACAAUAUCCGCGCUGUACAUCAAUCCGGUAAGUACGGGUCAAUUGGCUACCGAUAUCCAUGGGAUCCCGAGGAAUCGCUUCGCCUAGUCCUUCGGACUCACACCACAUCCGUUUCGACUUAUAUGCUCCACAAACUAGCCGCGAACCCUCGGCCGGCCCGGUAUUUCAGUAUUGAUCGGGUGUUCCGAAACGAGGCCGUCGAUGCCACACAUCUGGCGGAGUUCCACCAGGUCGAAGGCGUGAUUGCUGACUUUGGUCUUGCGCUGGGUGGCCUGAUUGGCUUUAUGGAAGUCUUCUUUGCGAAGAUGGGUAUUCAUGGGCUUAGGUUCAAACCGGCCUAUAACCCUUACACAGAGCCCAGUAUGGAGAUUUUCGGAUACCAUGAUGGUUUAGGGAAGUGGGUAGAGAUUGGUAACAGCGGGAUGUUCAGGCCGGAGAUGUUGGAGCCUAUGGGUCUUCCGAAGGACAUGAGAGUGUAUGGAUGGGGAUUGAGCUUGGAGCGACCUACCAUGAUCAAAUAUGGCGUAAGCAACAUCCGUGAGCUACUUGGACACAAAGUAGACCUUAACUUCAUCGAAACGAACCCAGCAGUCCGGCUCGAGAAGGAUUAGUCGCAGCCUCUCCUCCCACAUUAGAGUUUGAUUUUUUAGUGAUACUACCACAGACUGGAGAGCCAGAAGGGAGGGGGAACAAUCAUAAACAAGAUAUAUACUGCUCACGGAAUUUUUACGAAGAAUUGAAGGAUAUCAGUCCAGUUCUACACGUGGGACUAGGCUAUCAAAGGGGGUUUUCUGCUAUAGCUCUGUGCUGUGGUGGUGGCAUGACAUGGAAAUGAAAUAGACAAUUGUAAAAUGAAUACCACGAUUCCUUUUCACUCAACAA